ACCGACAUCAGCGCAUCAUGUCCCGAAUCGAGCAGCACCGCUAUCCGACGGCUCUCCGCUGUCAAUUGACUCAUUUUCCCAGCCGGCUGCCAUAUGUAAACCUUGCAGUCCAGCCGUGGAGAAUCCGCUAGGCUCACUGUCAAGCCCGACUGUUUCUCGCCAAGAUGGCCUCGACGACCGCCGAACAGCAAAUGGUGCAUGUCAAUGCUACCGACGCAAGGAAAUUCGUCGAACACGUGCUCGUCGGAAACGGAGUGCCCCGAGAGAAUGCAGUUAUCGUCUCCCGAUGCCUGGUCGAAGCCGAUCUUCGUGGGGUGGAUACGCACGGCAUCAACCGCAUCCCCAGCUACAUGGCGCGCAUUCGAGAAGGCGUGCUUGACCCGAAAGCCUCGCCGACGCUACGCCAAGUCACGCCCGUUGUUGCUCAGGUAGAUGGACGCAAUGGUUUCGGAUUCCUCGCCGCACAUAUGGGCAUGGCUGCCGCGAUAAGGAUGGCACAGGAGUCGGGAAUUGGCAUGGUCUCGGUCAAGCAUUCGAACCACUUUGGCAUGUCUGCCUGGAUAGUACAGCAGGCUGUGGACGCAGGCAUGAUGAGUCUGGUCUUCACGAACUCGUCCCCCGCGCUGCCUGUUUGGGGAGGGAAAUCCAAGCUGAUGGGCGUUUCCCCCAUUGCUUGUGGAGCACCCGCGGGGAAAGGGCGGCCAUUUAUUGUGGAUAUGGCACCCAGCGUUGCGGCUCGUGGCAAGAUAUAUAAAGCAUUGCGAAGAGGAGAGAAGAUCCCCACGGACUGGGCAUUGGACAAGGACGGCAAGCAGACUGACGAUGCAGCAAAGGCGUUGGAAGGAGUCAUGCUUCCCAUGGGCGGGCCCAAAGGCUCAGCACUGGCCAUCAUGAUGGACGUCUUCUCUGGCGUCCUUUCCGGAAGCGCGUUUGCGGGCCAUGUCACGAAUCCGUACGAUGCAUCGAAGCCAGCAGAUGUUGGUCAUUUUCUUGUCGCCAUCAAGCCGGACCUCUUCAUGCCCACGGACGAGUUCAAAGAUCGGAUGGAUUACCUGUACAGCCGCGUGACAGGCUCUGAACGGAUGGCGGGUGUAGACCGUGUGUACUUCCCCGGCGAGACCGAACUUCUGAGAAAGGAAGAGCGUCUGGAACGCGGGAUACCGCUCGUACAUGCCGAAGUCGAGGCGCUCAACAAGGAGGCUCAACGCGUCGGAGCAGCUCGCAUAGCUACUGCAUCUCCGUCCGUGAAAUCCCGUCUCUAAGUUAGGUUCAACGCAGAAUCGCCUCGGUCGAUCUUCCUCCGAGGAAUUCGAACCAAUCCUGAGGUCCUCGUCGGGUAAGCGAUUAUCCUGGAAGCCUUCAACGGCUCUUCUUCGGUGUCCGGCGGCGGGAAUUUGCGAAUUCAGCCGCCAAGCAACCGCCAAGGAGCGAUGUUUGUGGGGGGCGGGGGACGCCGUCGCCUUCAAGUUCUAACGCCGGGGUGAGGCCUGCGCUGAAAAUCUGCGUGGUGAUCGGAUCG